CCUUAAUUAUUCUCAUCUCUCCACUACUUUACUUUCUCAAGAGUUGGUAGCAUCACAAUCCCACUAAACCCACCACAAUGCCUUCCCAAAAUUCUUUCCUUUUCUUCAUCAUGUUCUUCUUCCUUAUCAUCUCUUGCCUCACCCUCACUUCAACAUCAUCAUCAUCACCCCAAAAAGAAGACACUUUUGAAUUUGUUCGUCCUAUAGAUCGAAAAUUGUUAGGCCUAAACAAGAAAGAAAAGCUAAGCCAUUUCAAAUUCUAUUGGCAUGACAUUUUGAGUGGAAAAAACCCCACAACAAUUACAAUUAAUCCACCAACAUUGAAGCUAAACACAUCAACUGCUUUUGGUUUAGUCAACAUGAUUGACAACCCUUUAACUUUGGGACCCCAAUUGAGUUCCAAACUUGUUGGAAAAGCUCAAGGGUUCUAUGCAUCUACAUCAAAAGAUGAACUUGGUUUGUUUAUGGCUAUGAAUUUUGCUUUUAUUGAAGGAAAGUAUAAUGGAAGCACUAUUAGUAUUAUGGGGAGGAAUCCUGCUUUUCAUAAUGUUAGGGAGAUGCCUGUUAUUGGUGGAAGUGGACUUUUUAGAUUUGCUAGAGGCUAUGUUCAAGCUCAUACUUAUUGGUUUGAUUAUAAAUCAGGGGAUGCUUGUGUUCAGUACAAUGUUUAUGUUUUUCAUUAUUGAUUUUUUUCUUAUAAAUUUUUUUUAAAAUUAGGUAAUUGUGUCACAAGUUUAAGUCAGAGAAGAAAAGAGUUUAGUUUCAUUGAGCACUUACAAACUGAUUUGAUUUAGAUGACAUUAAUAAUUGUUAAGAGGUUAUUUAUGUUAUGUUUUAUUUUAGGAUUUGGGUUUGUGUUAGUUUUUACUAUGUUUUGGUUCUUUUAAUAAAUUUGUAAUCAUUAUACUCUACAAUUUUGAAAGAAAUUAGAUGACUCAAAUCUCAGUAUGGCAA